ACCCGGGAGUCAGAGAGACACACAGGAGACACACAGGAGAUCAGUAAGGAGACAGGAGGGACACAGGAGAUCAACAGGACCACAGGAGAUCUACAGGGACACUGGAGAUCAACAAGGAGACAGGAGGGACAUAGGAGAUCUACAGGGACACUGGAGAUCAAUAAGGCGACAGGAGGGACAUAGGAGAUCGACAGGACCACUGGAGAUCAGUAAGGAGACAGGAGGGACAUAGGAGAUCAACAGGACCACAGGAGAUCUACAGGAACACUGGAGAUCAACAGGACACUGGAGAUCAAUAAGGAGACAGGAGGGACAUAGAAGAUCUACAGGGACACUGGAGAUCAUUAGGACCACAGGCGAUCAAUAGGGACAUAGGAGAUCAAUAGGGACACAGGAGAUCAAUAGGGACACAGGAGAUCAAUAGGGACACAGGAGAUCAAUAGGGACACUGGAGAUCAAUAUUGAGACAGGAGGGACAUAGGAGAUCUACAGGGACACUGGAGAUCAUUAGGACCACAGAAGAUCAAUAGGGACACAGGAGAUCAGAAGGGAAACAGAACUAUCCCGGGGGACACAGGAGAUCAAUAGGGAUACAGGGAGAUCAGGAGGGAGAUCAGGUAGGACAGGGACACCAGGGAGAUAGAGAGACACACAGGAGAUCAGGGGGGAUACAGGAGAUCAAUAGGGAUACAGGGAGAUCAGGAAGGACACAGGGGGACUAGAUCCAACAUAUGUCAUAGAAAGACCUGAGAGGGACACUGUGACAUCUGGAGCCAUGUCCCUACAUUGGAUGAUGCUGAUCUUCCUGUCUAUGGAGCUGAUCCCGGCUGCUGACUCUUCUCCUGCAGGGAUGCUGAGCCCAGCCACAGACCCCCUAUCCAUGCACAUGAUGAAACUCUAUGAGAAGUACAGCCGGGAAGGCAGCAGAGCUCAGGAUGGGAACACGGUGAGGAGCUACAGAGCACAGCCAGAUUUCUUGGCUCCUCGUCCUGCGUACCGCUUCAAUUUAACUUCUCUCCAGUCAUCUGAAGUUGUCUUGGCUGCCACUCUCCAUUUUGGACCCGACAAAAGCCCUAGACCUCCUAGAGACUCCUUCUGCAAACGUUCCAAAAAUGCUUCUUGUCGCCUCUUACUGCCAUCUCCAUCCCAGAAGAUCAGCGUCACCUUUCGAAGCCUUCUUCACCACACAGACUUGGGUAUGGUAAAAUGGAAUGUCAGCAGUGCCAUGCCCUAUAAAAAGGGGGUCUGGCACACCAAAGACAUAACAAGCAUUAUCAAGGAGGCCCAACAUCAACAAGACUUGUUUAUUUCUGCUGAGAUUGACUUUGGCCAUAAACUUUCUACAAUCUUUGAGACUAACCCUAGCGAUGUUCCCUAUAUCCUUGUAUUUGCUAAUGAUAGAGCAAUUUCAGAACCCAAUAGUGUGGCUUUGACCUUGCAGAGAUAUGACCCAUUUCAAUCCAAUGGCGGAGACCCAAAGCAAGGGUCCAAUGCAUCUUCAGAGAGCAGAGUGAAGAGGGAAACCCCAUAUGUGACCUCCAACCAUGAUAAUGAACUGCCGGAUGUCAAGUAUGUACGUUACAGCAAACAGGACUUGUGGGAGGGCACGUACAAAGCCCUUAAGCAAAAAACUCCAAAGAAAAAGAAGGGUCCCGAAAGUUUGGACAAGGUUUUAAAGUCUCCAGUGCUGCACUUUGACGAAAGAACCAUGAAAAAAGCACGAAGGCGCCAGUGGGAUGAACCCAGAGUGUGCUCCCGACGGUACUUAAAAGUAGACUUUGCUGACAUUGGCUGGAGUGAAUGGAUUAUAUCUCCAAAAUCAUUUGAUGCUUACUACUGCUCUGGAAUUUGUGAGUUCCCCAUGCCAAAGGUUGUCCGACCUUCGAACCAUGCAACCAUUCAGAGCAUUGUCAAGGCUGUAGGGAUAAUACCUGGAGUCCCAGAGCCCUGUUGUACACCUGACAAAAUGAGUUCUCUCAGUGUUCUUUUCUUGGAUGAAAGCCGAAAUGUGGUGUUGAAAAUCUACCCCAACAUGUCUGUAGAGAGUUGCUCCUGCAGAUAAUCAACCAAGAAACCUAUGUACCAAUCUUCUAUUGCCAGCAGGUCAUGAACAAUUGGGGCCUGUAUUCUAGUCAUUGUCUGCCCUACAUUAACCCUUCUGAACAAGGAUUGCUAGGGGAUGAACAAUUACAGGAACAUUCCAGGCAAAAACAUUUGAAUACAUUCAUGUGUCACUGGACACAACGUUCUUGGUCAGUAAUUUUGUGGUAUAAGAGCAGAGACUAGUCCACUCUCACUGAAAAAGCAUGUAUCUGGAUGUGGAUUUUUCUUGACUGGUUUCAAAUCAUUUAAAUUGUGUUAAGAUAGGUCAUUGAAAUUUACGAUUGUAAGUGAUUAUGAAUGUUAAAAAAUAAAUAAAAGUACAAUGAACUGCAUAUCGCAGUUACUUUUAUUUAAUUUUUUAGUAAAAUUAUCACUUAUGGGUACUUCUCACAAUGAAAGUGGAAAUUCCAAUCAAGUACACGUAGCUUAGAAGAAUUGUGAAAACAUGCAUAGUUGAUUGCAAGGGGAGUGAUGAUAUAAUCAGAGCUGCAAGGUUUCCUCCGUAGUGUCUACGUCCAUUUUGGACAGCUCUGAAGCUGGCAGUUUUAGAGCCUAACAUAAGCAUUGGGGUAAAAGGAGGGGGUCUAACAACAGACAAGGUGGACCCUGUAGAGAAGUACUUGCCAGAGAGCCGCCUAAUAGCUAGUGAGAAGAAGAGAAUCCUUUAUUUUCAGAUUAUGUUGCUUCCUUAUUAUUAGGUGUUUGACAUUUGUACAAUGCAGAAUAUGGAAGCCAUUAAAACAUUUGCUUUGCACAAAUGUUAAAAUAAAUUUACAGUUAAUAUUACACAGCUUCUUUAACCCUUAAAGUCUUACUUCAGGCGGUUUUAAUAAAAAAUAAUUUGACCCCUUCCCAACAAUGAAAGAACACUCACCAAUUAAAUUGAAGAAGAAUUAGUUUGGAAAAUAAACCUAUUUACCAUUUUUCUGUCUAAGUGCAGAACUGAAAGUUUAAUAUUUUGCUGCAUUGAUGUAAUAUAUAUUAUUGUAGGACAUUUUUGAUUAAAGUAUUGAUAAAAGGGAAACCAUUUUUCUAUUAUUAACUAUGGAAUUUAGACUUUUUUUUUUUACCAUUAUUAAACUUAAUAUUUAAAUCUAUUAGAUAAAAUAUUAAAUGAAUGUCAUUGUAUUUAUAAUUUGAAAAAUAAUUCAUAGCCUUAAAUAUAUGUAGUCUCUUUUUUCUUUACUGUUUACAGGAUAGCUUUCACAGAUAUCAAUAUUAAUACAUAUGUUUCCUAGCAUAUUAAAAUAGAGCUUCUGAUCUUCCUGUCUGUAAAAUAUAUACAUUUUGUCAGGUUAAAUAGACUCAGAAACUACAUGAUAGGCAGUACCAAACAAUACAAGGCACUUUAGAAUUUUUUUUUUUAAUUGAAUAAGUCUAAUUUGGUAGCUUAUUUGGACUUUUCUAGUAAAUCAAUGAGUGACAUUGAAAGGGCAAGUUACCCACAACAGCCAUCAACUAGCCAAAUAUAGAAAUGGUUGUUAAAGAUGACCGACAGUGUUAUAAUGUGCAACUGUGACUGGAGAGCAUGUUAGCAUCUUCCUAUUGUGCAAGAAAAGUAGAAAAACCUGUUUAGUUCAUUUGAAUACAAAUGGGUCAAUUGCAUUAAUAUUUUCUUUUUUAAAAUAAUAUAUUAAAUUGUAUUUAGCCUGGAAUUUAGCUGUUAACUGGAAUUUCAGGCUAUACAUAAAUAAUCUUAAAAAUCCUCCUAUGCUUACUAACCUGUGUAAGAAAGAUGUGCAUACUUACCUAUUUUCAUGCGCUCUGGUUUAGGCAUAUGAUCUCCCCUGUGUCUGCUAGCGGUGGCUGCAGGGGAGAAGACAAUGACUGAGAAUACCUGAGAGGGGUGACAUUGUCAGUUGUUGGCUAUCCCUGCUCUCCACUACUGACUGACACUGGGAAGCAAGAUCACAUGUUUGGACUGGAGCAAUCUGAAAAUAGGUAAUUCAGUAUAUCCUACUUACACAAGUCAGCAUAGGUAUUAGGAGGGGGAGGGAACAUAUUACAAAUUUGUUUGGUAUGGCAUAAAAUUCCAAAAAGGCCCAAGGUUAUCUGGUUCAACCAAUAGAAUUUUUUUUUUUUUUUUUUAAAGCCUACAUAUACAUUUUCCUAUAGCCAUAAUUGAUGCAGCGGCUGUAAUCGAGUGAAUGUGGCGAAUGAAUGCUAAAAUUAAUUUUAGACUUGGAUGACAUUGUUUUAGAACAAAAAGAGUAAUCACGGACAAGGUGAUGACUGUAAUGCCGCGUACACACGACCGUUUUUU